GUGCCAAGCAGACCGCUUGGUUCAGGCGUAGAGCUGGAAUCGCAGGUGGUGCAGCUACGGAAUUGCUUGGAGACGCUGGAAAGACGGCUUGAGGAAGAGCUUCGUUCUUUCCUCGCCAUCUCCGACAAGCGCCUUCAGGUGCGAGAGGAGCAGCUCAGAGGCGUUGGCGAGACGCUGCAGGCGUCUGCUGAUGCUGCGCUGGAGCAGCUCGGGCGACGGGUGGACGUGAGGCUGCGAGAGCUUGAGCGUGCUGGUAUGGCUCCAAUGGCAUUGGACGAGGUUUGGGACUGCAUCAAGCGGCUUCAAAAUGAUUGCCAAGAUCUGGAUUCCAAGUUGCGGCGCGCCACGUCCACAGACGAGAUUGCUGAGCGAUUUCAGGAGAUGGAACGAGCACAAGCGCAACGCCUCGAGGAUCGUCUGGCAACGCAGGAGAGGCGUUUGAGCGACUACCGAGUGCAGCUCCAGGGAUCCAACAGGGAGUUCCUGCAGGCCAUUGAGCAUCGCUGUGAGAUGCUCGAGAAGAACUUCUGGGAGGGGCAGUCGGAUCGAGGGGAUGUGGUUGAGGCAGUCUUCAAGCGCUUGGCCGAGGCUGCUCCCAUUCGUGAGCUCCAUGAUGAGAAGAUCAAUUCCUCCAACUACGACAAGGAGGUGCAGCGCUCCCGGCUGGCCGCCGCGGAGGCGAAGCUCUCGAAGUUUGCGGCGCUGGAGUCCAAGGUGGAUUUCAUGGAGUCUCAGAUGUCCCAACAGCUUGAGGAGCAGGCGCAGCAAUUCCGGAAUGUCGGCGAGCUGCAGCAGAGGCUUGUUCAGAAGCUGUCCGCCACAGAGGCCUCCUGCCAGCGGGUGGAAGCACAGGGCUCGGUUCUACAAGCAAAGUUGCAGGCGCAGAUGGAGGAGGACAGGGAUCGUCACUCCAGCAGCUUCGAAUCGAUGCAGCUGCGUUUGGUUCAACGCCUCGAGGAGGUGGAGGGUCGGUCAUCCCGCUACGCCACUCGCUCUGAAAAGGAUCUUGUGGAUAACAUGACCGCCUUGGCGCAGAAAAUCUCUGAAGACAAUGCUGCUGCGCAGCGACAGGCUGACAAGCGGCUCCACAGCAUCGAGGAGCGCUGCGACCAAGUGGUCCAGAUGGCUCGGGUGCAGAUGGAGAGGGGCGUUCAGGACUUGAAAGUGGAAGCAGAGGCAACAAAGAAUGCCCUAGAGAUGGACUUGCACCGGGCGGAGCGCUUCAUGCAAGAGAUGGGCUCCAAGAUCUCGUCUCAGGAGGCUCAGCUUCUGCGAAUGUCUGAAAUGGAUGUCCAGCGGUCCAGACUUGAAACUCUGGAGUCCAAGGUCAACGAAGUUCAGGGCGAGCAGCGGACUUUGCGAGAUGUGAAAGCCAUCGUAGACGCUCACAAGUUGCAGGCUGACCGUCGCCAUGGCGACUUGGAGAUCUCCAUGACAUCUUUAGAGGAGCAAUUGCGGGGGAGGGAGCAGAGACGAAGCAAUGAUGUGGAGGAGCAAAGGGCCCGCUACGAAGGCUUGGAGAGUCGGCUCACAGAAGUCCAGGUCGGCCAAGUGCGGCAAAAUACGACUUUGGAGAACCUGACUGCCACCCUGACGAAUCUGGAGCCCAAGACCGUGGGCCAAAUCGCAGACAUGGCACGCCUAGAGCAGGCAAUCCUGGUUUUGCAGCAGCAGCAGCGCAACCAGAGUUUUGCCACCACCAUGGGCUCCCUGGAUAGAAGUGGAGUCACAGAACCGGCGUCGCCGACCAGGGCAUCAAGUCCGGUGGGGCGCCGCGUGGAGGAUCGGGUCCGCAGGCUGGAGGACGCGGUGGACUUGCUGCCUCCGCGGCUCCAGGACCGGCUACGGGCGCUGGAGAACGCCUCGGGGUCCUCGGAGCUGCGCAGCAGCUCCGCCGCCUCCGCGGCGGUGAACGCGGUCGCGGCCUCGCUGGCGCCCCAGUUGGAGGAGCUCCGCACGCGCCUGGGGCUGCUGGGCCAACAGCAGGGCGACCUGGACUCGCGCCUGCGCCGGGCCGAAAGCCGCGAGAGGCCGGCCGCUCAUCAGCCGGCCAUGCAGGAGCCCGUUGCCCAACCCGCGAGGGAGCCUGCGGUGGACUCGCGAAACGCCUCGCCCAAGAACAGCCCGGAAAUCUCGGAGCUGGAAGCUCGGCUCAGCCGUUUGGAGGAUCAUCUACUGACGUUGGACAGUUUGGAUAGUAGCGGCAUGGAGACCAGUGCGUUGCCCUCUGGAGCAACGCUGCAGGUUACCCUCGAUUGCAUCGGAGAUUCCGAAGAGCCGAUCAGCUCAAGCGACAUUCGAAGUGCUUUGCAAGAAGUGGAGAGCGUGGAGCUGCUGCGCGUGGAUUUCCCGGACCGUGACCGCGCCGCGGUUUGCUGGGUCUCCACCGGCUCCGGCGCUGCGGAGACCCGGCUCCGGCGUUUGCUGGAGGACUCUGACAGCGUCCUGCGCCAACGGCUGGGGGUCUUGGAGGUCUCCAGGGUCUCGGCCACGCCGGCCGCAGCACAGGCUGUGGCCCGGCAGCUCUCGACGCGCGUGGGCAGCUUGGAGGAGGCCCAGCGGCAGCUGGCAGAGGGCCUCGGCAGCGUCGAGCGCCAGGUGCUAAAUAUCGAGGGAAGGUUGGCCGGCAGCCUGGGGUUGUCCACUUUCUCCCGCAGACCUAUGCCAAGCUUCCCCGCCCUGCCAUCCUCCUACUCCGAGCCGGUGAUGGAGCCCACCACCGAGCCGGUCGCCCGGGCGGGAAGAAGCAAUGCACCACGCGAAGCUGAUGAGGAGGGCUCUGUGAGAGACCUGGACUUCGGCGCAGCAUUGGAUGGGUCCCCCCCGCCUGACUCUCGACACCUUCCGCAUUUCCGCAGCCUAGCAGCAGAAGAAAGGAGGCUUGAAAUGGAGAGGGCUGCUGAACGGCGAGAGCAAGAAAGGAGAGUGCAGGAGGAGACCCAAAGAAAGCGCGAGCAGGAGGCGGCGGAUCGCGUGCGUCGGGAGUUGGAGGAGGCGGAGGUGAAGAGGAAGGAGGCCUUGGAAUUCCACCGGCGGCGGAUGCAGGAGGAGAGCGCGGCCCGCUCAGCGCAGCUGGCGGAGGAGGCCAAGGAGGGGGAGCUGCGGAGGAAGCGUCAGCAGGAGGAGGCGGAGGAAGCUGAGCGGAAGAUCCGGGAGGAGCAGGAGAGGCAGCGGCAGCAGCGAAAAGAUGAGGAUGAGCGGCGCAAGAAGGAGGAGGAGCAGGACGCAAGGGAAAUUGCGGCACAGAAGAAGAGGGAGCAGGAGCAGAGGAUGAGAGAUGACGAGCAAAGAAGGAAGGAAGCAGAUGAGAAGAACCGAAAGGAAGCGGAGGAGGCAAGAAUAAAAGAAGCAGAAGAGGCUGAGGCGGAGGAGAAGAAAAGGAAAGAGGCGGAGGCGCAAAAGAAGCGGGAAGCUGAGGAGCAAAUGAGAAAGGAGGCUGAGGAGCAGGAGAGAAGAGAAGCAAUGGAAGCAGAAGAACAGAGGAAAAGGCAAGAAGCAGAAGAGGCCGAAGAGGCCAGACAAGCGCAACAGAAGGCACAGGAGGCGAAGCAAAAGCAGCUGGAGGCUGCGCGUGCUGCAGCUGGAGUGGUGCAGCCCAAGGAACACACGCCGACCUCGCAGGCUGGUGCCCCAAAGCCUGGCUUCGAGAAGCGUCGAGCGCGAGUCACUGGGUUGCCCCCAACUGCACGAGCAUCAGCGAGAUCCAAAGAGGAGGAGAUCAAGAAGGCCUUCGGCGAUGUCACGGACCACGGGGUCUUUGCUGCUAUAGACACUACCAGCAGUGGCGCUUUGACGCUGGACGACCUGCAGAGCUUUUUGUGCGACUUCUUGGGCUUUGGUCAGGCUGAGGUGGCCGCCUUCCACCAGCGCUUCGGCGAAGGCGAUGCCAUGUCCCUGGAGGGCUUCAAGAAAGGCUAUGCUAGCCUGAACCCAUUCACACUGACGAAGCGUCACAAGGAGCUGAUCAUUCGGAAGUCUGGAUCGCUGAGCUCUGCCGGGCUGCAGGCCCUGCAGCUGGAGGAGCUGGAGGACAGCGAGGUAUACGUCUGUGAGCUCACCAACACUGCCUAUGUUGAUGUGUGCAAGCGCUGCGCUAUCCUCAUAGGCCCCAGUGAGACCUCGGUCUUUGUUCGGGACUGCGAGGACUGCGUCUUUUGGAUCGCCGCCCAGCAGCUGCGCACCAGAGACUGCAAGCGCUGCAGCUUCUUCCUCUACUCCAAGACCGAGCCCGUCAUUGAGUCAUCCGAGGAUUUGGCCUUCGCUCCCUGGAGCGCCAGCUAUCCAUGCUCAAAGGCUCAUUUCGAGAAACUCGGCUUCAAUCCAGAGAAGAACUUGUGGAAUGCCAUCUACGACUUCUCUGGGAAAGUCGGCAAGUGCAACUGGCGCAUCCUCGGUUUGGAAGAAACCGCCCGCCUCCAGAUUGAGCUCGAGGACCCGCCACCGAAGCCCGAACCAGAGAAUCCUGCUGCGCCAUUGACAUAUGAAGCGCUGUGUGCCGAGCCUUUGGAAUCUGGUGAGUCCUGUGGUACGAGCGUUGGCCAGAUUCCGCAGACGCGGCCGGCGCUACCUGCGGCGCCGCCGAUGGAUUUCAAGGAGGUCCAGCAGAUUGUCGUGCAGGAUGGUGGCAAGCUUGCAGCUUUGGAGCAGCUGGUGCGCCUUCGCCGGAAGGAUUCAUCCUCGCAGCCAAGUACACCUGGAGCUCUUGCAAUGGCCACGCUGGCGGGGAAGACCCUUAUGAAGGCAGGAGGCGGCUCAGCGGAGAUGGAGGCAGUUGCUAAAGCAACCCCUGCCAGUGCAAGUUCGGCUCUUGGCAUGGCACGGCUCGCUGGGCAAACACUGAUGGAGGCAGGAGGCGGCUCAGCGGAGACGGAGGCAGUUGCUAAAGCAACCCCUGCCAGUGCAAGUUCGGCUCUUGGCAUGGCACGGCUCGCUGGGCAAACACUGAUGGAGGCAGGAGGCGGCUCAGCGGAGACGGAGGCAGUUGCUAAAGCAACCCCUGCCAGUGCAAGUUCGGCUCUUGGCAUGGCACGGCUCGCUGGGCAAACACUGAUGGAGGCGGGGACUACGGUGCAUGGCACCAUGGCCGUGGAGGAGGAGGACAGCAGCGGGGACUCUCCGAGGCCAGCGCCCUCGAAGGCGCCGAAACCUGCGGCAAAGCCCGCCGCCAAACCGGAUGCGGCCCAGGUGAGAAAACUCCUGGGCGAGUCAAGCGACGAGGAGUCCGAAGAAGCGAAACCCUCGACAGCUCCCUCAGCCAGCGCUGCUUUGCCGAAGCUUUCUCUGGGCAAGGCCAUGCCAAAACCCGCAGUGAACCGGGCGCACCCGGUUGCAGUUGAUUCAGAGGAAGACGACGACUCGGACAUUGAAGAAGCAAUGAAGAAAGCAGCAGCUGCAGCUUCAGCUUCACGAACAUCGCCUCUUGGAGGCAGUUCGGCGGCCAAGUCAGCACCCACGUCGCUCCGCCUGUCACCGCAGUCGCGGGCGGAGGCAAGUGUGCCAGUGGUGGACGAUGAAGACGACGACUCUGGCAAUGACUUUGACGAGGACAUUGACCUGCCAAUGUGAUUUUCCGAAAACCAACUUGGACCCGUGCUAUUGCACGGUGUGGCAUGCAGCAUUCAAAGUUGUGGUUGUACCCCAAUGCUGCAUGCAUGAUAUGUACCCGGUGCAUGAACUUUGCAGCCUGGCCUUAUGUUGUGGCAUGGUCGUGGUUGACCCUUUAGACAUGUGCCAGACCUGCCAGCAUGAAUUAGCUUCUGCUUUGCGGAAUCGGAGUGACCAUGGCGCUCCUCGUGUACAGUAGAAUUUAGUUGAAAGGGCGAUGGUCUCC